UGAUUCACAGUCGGUGGUGGUGGUGGUGAGAAGUAGUGGUUCGUUCCAUGAGGUCCUUUCAAAGCACUCUUUUCUGCCUUAUUGCCUCUGCCCAUCAAGAGAUCAUACAAAAGUGACAAGAAAGUGAUGGCCACCCUCUACUCCAUCAUUUUCAUCCUAUGGGUCACAUUUGUGGACACAACUCCAGUAGAUGUUGCUUUAGGGGUCGAACCAAUUACAGACGGCUACGGAAUCGCCAACGAUUCAGAGAUCGUUAAUGAGAACUCUUAUCUACGAUACUCCCCUGACAUAUAUGAUGCCAUGGAUCACUCGAACUUAGAUGUGCAAGAACAACCUCACGACGAGACGGAGCCCUCAGGAAUGGAGGAGGAUCUCUUCCAAGGGGACUUGAAGAUGGACAACCCAGAGCAGUUCUUCAGUGACGCCUACGACAGAACUGCUGUUUCCAAAAAGCGCAGGUUAUGGCCAAGUGGUAUUGUUCCCUUCGUCAUCGAUGCCGCGUUUAAUACGAAUGAGCAGUCGAUCAUCCGCAGGGCGAUGGAAUCGUUAGGGGAGGAGACAUGCUUGAAGCUCGUUUCUCGAAGCAAUCAACAUGAUUACCUUCACUUAAUCAAGGGCAAAGGAUGCUGGAGUUACUGGGGGCGAAUAGGUAAGGGUAGACAAGAGUUAUCCUUAGGAAAUGGCUGCGUGUAUAAUGGAAUCGUCCUGCAUGAGGUGAUGCACGCCGUUGGGUUCGUGCACGAACACAACCGACCAGACAGGGACACUUAUGUCACGAUAAACUGGGAUGCCAUCAAGGCCGAGAAGAGAGAUAACUUCAAGAAGUUGAGUUGGUCAGUCGUUACGAGCCUUGGCGUCCCUUACGACUAUGCAUCAGUCAUGCACUACGGACGAUACACUUUCGCAAAGGACAAGAAAACCCCAACAAUCACACCUCAUUUUCGCACUGCCAGAAUGGGACAGAGACAAGCUUUGUCAUCGAAAGACGCAAGAAAAAUUAAUCUCCUUUAUGACUGUGAAAGCGGAGGAAACUCGCCUGAUUUCCUUCCAGCACUCGGGACUCGACAUUCCCCCAUUAUUAAUGAAGUUUCAGAGAUGUGCAUGGACCUUAAUUCCUACUGUAACUGGCUAAGGGUUGUUCAUGGCUUCCUUUGUCAACCAGGUUCCUGGAUGGCAUACAACUGCCCGUCGACUUGUGGGCUGUGUGGAAAGGUUUAGCUUUCUUGAAUCAUUUGCUAACAUAGUUUAUGAUGGUGGGGAUUAUAAUGAUAUUGGUGGCAACUGUGACUAAAAUUCUAUAGUAAAAAUAGUUAUAAGUUUAAGAUUAUUGUCCGAGUACCAGCUAUUCAAGACUCGAACUUGUGGAAUGCCGUAUUGCAAUCUUCUCGGACAGUACGUGUAUCGCUAUAUGUCCGAAUGAAUAACGUAACGCCAAAACCAUUACGUACAUACUUAAUAAAUGGGAGGUCAAGGUCACACUGAAGCUUGAAUAUUAACAAAGAAUCAUAAAAUACGGCUGUAGAAAGAAUGGACAGUAAUCAUAUCAUUUUCACUUGAGUAAAUAACAUGUCAUGUUAUUCGACCUGAAUGGGACUACUGUUAAGGAAUGAGACUAAACAGCAUUUUAAGUCGUACAACAGCAGCUCUGGUUCUCAAAACUCUCGUUUAUCAAUAAAUGGUUUAUCUUUGGUAUAUGUAAAAAGAUUAAGUUUCUUAUUAGCAUAGAAUUAUCAUUCAAAGAAAAAAAUAUAACGAGAAGAUUGCUUUGUCGAAAAAUUUGACCAAGAAAUUCAAAACAAUCACUUAGGAUCAAGUUAAUUAAUGAGGAAUAAAGCAAUUUAGAUAACAUGCAUAAAAAAGUUCCAAAUGAAAUACGAAAAAAAAAGAAAAGAAAGAAAAAAAAACAGGUCGAGUAAAAGCUGAGACAUGUAUGUUUCAGUAUUUACGGCAUAGCAUCUUCAAAGAGCAUUAAAAGUGGAUGUCCCCAUCCCAUCCCACCCCACCCCACCCCAAAACACGAGGGAAAAUGUUAUCUCAGUUGAUAUUAGUCUAGUGGUCAAGUUCACAAGUGUUCGAAGGAGUUGUUUAACUUAAACGUGGCUCGACUUUGUAAAGGGCUUGCAGUAAUGCUUACUGCUGUUUAUAGCAAUUUCAAAUACAAACUUACUAGAGUUUAUAGAAGAGCUCUUGAAGAAUACUCGUGCUUGAAGAUAUUUCUAUAAAUAAAAGUGUCUAACUAGGCAAGCCCAACUGACUGCAUUCUUAUCUGAUGUUAUUGCACACGUUCUUUUCAUAAAUGAAUCUGUUAUCCUUGGUGAAUUAAAAAGGUUUUUGUAUCAGUGAAAUACUGAGAGUAAACUACCCGUCGAGGAUAAAGACGUGUGCAUAUCACACAAGAAUGGGCAGUCGUUAGUCUCAUUUUUGUUAGUCUAUUAUUGUAAGUGCUAUCGACUAGAGUUAAAUUCCAGGGAAUUGCUUUGCUGUUACGGUAGUAACUGGCGUAAUUUAUUCGGUCGGUAGCGAGAGAUAAAACAAACCCCAUCUGGAGUCAUUUUCAGACGGAGUGGCCACGGUAGUGUUGCAUCUAAAGCGCCAGACAUUCAAAGAUUGUGGUGCCAAUUUGGCAUUUGUAUUCCUUUGGUUAAAGAAGGUGCUUCAGUGAGCGCAUUGCUUGGACCAUAAUCGUGUGGGGGCAAGUAUGAUAUCUGUGAUUAGCAAUUUAUAGUUUCGAUCGACAGAGUAUGCAAAAUUUAGGCCAAGCGCUGGACCUAUGAAGCUGUUCGGCGGUGAAACGAAAAUUGAUAGUAAUUACCUUUUAAAAAGGUUUGGAAGAUGUCAACAGAAGGAAAACCUUGCAAUUAAUACACUUUGAAACAAUUGCUAGGAGAGGGUGGGAAGUAAGAUGGACGAAAGAAUAUGAAUGGCGGUUAACGUAAAGGCAAUGGAAGGGGUUGCAGCUAGGGGCCGGAAGGACGCUGCAAAGACCCUUAACAAAUGCCAUCGCGUCAGACAUUCUUUUUCUGCGACGUUGAUUACACGAUAGUUAUAUCUGAAAUGAGUCCGUGUUGUGAAGUCUCUGAUACGUGAUAUCAGUUAUAGCUUUAAGUUUUAUUUAUUAUUGCUUUAGUGAGUCAUAUAGAAGAUUCCCGUCUUCCUUGUCACUUUGAACUAAUAGUCCUUAUUACUGAAGAGUUGCGUCAAUCUAGCGCUAGUCACUGUUCUCGUGUGAUUGUCCUAAAAUUCCAUUCCUUGAUUGCCUAAUAUUUUACCUUGUGAUUCCACUGGUAUUUUAUCUAGUCUGUUUUGAUGUUGCGUUUAUUUUUCUACUGUGUAUUAAUUCUUAUGUUUUGUUGAUUUGUUCAAUAAACGGUAAAGUAUGAAA